CGUUACUGCUGCAAGAUUCACCAGGCCUCGGCGGGAUGGACGAUUUCUCCUCAGGAGGCCCGGCCGGAGGGAAGGUGGACUCGGGGAUGAUUAUGGAGCAGGUGAAAUUGCAAAUCGCCGUGGCAAACGCCCAGGAACUCCUACAGAGAAUGACUGAUAAAUGUUUCAGGAAGUGGAUUAGCAAACCAGGAAGUUCACUGGACAACUCUGAACAGAAAUGUAUAGCUAUGUGUAUGGUUCGAUACAUGGAUGCCUGGAAUACAGUAUCACGAACAUACAAUGCCAAACUACAGCGAGAGCGUGCACAAAUGUAA